CUGCCGGAAUUCUACAAUAAGAAGAAGAAUCACGUGACGUCGGGGCCUCCACAGUCUACUUUAUUGUAAUGAGGUGGACACUAAUAUAGAUUUAGUAAAAUUAUAUUUUAGAAACAGCUAUGGAUAUAACGUUGUACCUUAUAGCUGCUGCCAUCCUCAGUGUCCUGAUUUUGUUUGCGUUGAAGUUGCGGAGGAAAACACAGGAAAUUGAUGAGGAGCAGCAGAGGGAUGUUGUCCAGGCAGUGGGGCCCCCUCAGCGGGCAGCCGAGGAGCGAGGUGCCGGUAUGCCUCGCAGGAGGAGGAACCUCGCAACGGUGAUGGCUAACAGAAGACCACAGAGAGAAGCUGUGGAACAAGAGGAGGAUCAUGUGGAGGAAGAAGAGGGGGAGCAGCAGAACUUUCAGCCGACCGCAAAAGUUGGAGCCAAGAAGCAGAAGAAGCUGGAGGAGAAACAGGCCAAGAAAGUUCAGAGAGAGGCGGAGAUGGAGGAGAGGGAGGAGAGGAAAAGGAUGCAAGAGCUCAGAGAGCAGGAGAGACGUCAGGAGGAAGAGAGAGAACGACACCUGGAGCAGAAACAGGAGGAGGAGGAGCGUCACGCUAAAGAGGAGCAAGAAAGACGAGAGGAGGAGGAGUACUUAAGACUUAGAGCCUCCUUCAUCAUAGAAGACCAGGGAGAAGAGGAGCAGCUCACUGAGGACCAGUCACGCAACCUGCUGCAAGAAUUCAUACAGUACAUUGAGAGCUCGAAGGUGGUUCUCCUGGAGGACUUGGCUUCUCAUUUUGGGAUGAGGACACAGGAUGCUAUUGCCAGACUGCAAGACCUGUUAGCUGAAGGCUCCCUCACAGGAGUGAUUGAUGACAGAGGGAAGUUCAUCUCCAUCACUCCAGAAGAGCUGAACUCAGUGGCUCAUUUCAUGAGACAGAGAGGCAGAGUGUCCAUCACAGAGCUGGCUCAGGCCAGUAACUCUCUGAUCAACCUAAUGCCAGAGAGCCGCAGCACCGCCUGAUGGACACCUUACUAGUGCAGGACACCUGGAAGACAGUUUUCUUGAGACUGCUGAAGAAUAUUAUAAUCUGUGUGAAGAUUGCGCUCACGCUGGCGAAAAGUAUAUUCUGGACUGUUCAUCUGCUAUAAGCUGGUGUUUGGUGCCCGGUGUUCUUUUAUUUCAGGCUCAGUAGGUGUCAGACUUCAUAUAGAUUCGGACUUGUAACUGCUGUGUAUGACAUUAAAUUAGCAAGCCCAUUAACAUUAAAAAUGAUUUAACAUUGUGAAAAUUAAGAAAUACAGGUUAAGAUUCAUACUUCUGUCAUAUGUUUUUUGUUUGGGCUUGUUUACGGUGACAUGACUUCAUGACAAUUGCAUCAUAUAAGGGCUGUGAGAGGAUAAGAUGUACCAAUUAAACAUAACUUCUCACCUAACAUGUAAUUGAGAUGUCCAAAAUUAUCUUUAAAUCCAUCUGAGUUGAUCUAUGUUAGACAAGAGUAUGCUGCUAUAAGUAGAUCUCUGCAUCUCGCCACACAAGGAAAGCGGAAGGUGACGGACAUCCAGCCGAAAAGAGUCAUUUGGCGGAAUUUCCGGCAGCACCAGAACAAUUAUGGAAGUGGAACAUCGUGGAUAUAGACUAGUUUGAACAAAUGUCAUUUUUGCAAGGAUUUAUAUGUAGCACAAAUUACUUUGAUGUACUGAGUGGAAAGAGAUAUCAGACCAAUGUCUAAUCUGACUGUGGGUAAUAUUUCCCCAAAUGUUAUAUAACUGCUCCAUAAAUACACUUUAAAUGUGUAGUAGCAUUAUAGUCCUGUAGGAUCAGCACAUGACCUGAUGUGGGACUACUAUUUAAACUGAGUGGAGGACAACACUCAUUGUGCCUUCUGUGUUCUACUCACUUGUAUCAUACAUAUUAACAUCUGCACCAUAAAAACUAAUAAACAAAUGUAUUAAACCGGUUAAA